AUGGCGCAGUGGGAUAGCUUUCCUGAUCGAGAGGGGGACACUGACAGCUGCUCAGAAUCUGUGAAGUUUGAUGCUCGAUCCGUGACAGCUCUGUUACCUCUGAAUUUUAAAAAUGGCCCUGCCUUUCCAAAGAAACUGAAGUCCGUCAAAGCUGCCCUGAUUGCCCUUUAUCUCCUUGUGUUUAUAGUUCUCAUACCUAUCCUUGGGAUAGUGGCAGCUCAGCUCCUAAAAUGGGAAAGGAAGAAUUGCACAGUUGGUUCAGUGAAUGCCAGUGAUUCAUCUCAGAGUCUGAUGGGAAAAGGAAAUGACCGUGAAGAGAAUAUAAAAUUCCGAGAAGUUGUCACCGGAAACUUGAGCAGCAUGGAGAAAAGAAUCCAGUAUAUUUCAGAUGCACAAGCCAAUCUCAUAGAUUCAGAGCAUUUCCAAAAUGUCAGUGCAAUGACUAAUGAAAGAUUUGAUGAUGUUCUUCUCCAAAUGAGAACCGUGGCUUCCUCAGUCCAGGAACAUGGGAAUGAAAUAGACGAAAUCUUCAAGUCAUUAAUAAGUCUGAACAGCACAUUACUUGCUUUGCAGCUCAGUAUUGAAACACUGAAUGGCAAAGUCCAACAGAAUGCAGUUAAACAACAAGAGGAAAGGACUAAAUUAGAGGAGCGUGUGCACAAUGCAUCAGCAGAAAUUAUGUCUAUGAAAGAAAAACAAGCACUUUUGGAACAGGAAAUCAAAGGAGAAGUGAAACUGUUGAACAACAUCACUAAUGAUCUUAGACUGAAAGAUUGGGAACAUUCUCAGACACUGAAAAAUAUCACUUUAAUUCAAGGGCCUCCCGGACCCCCAGGCGAAAAAGGAGACACAGGCUUCGUUGGACAACCUGGCCUUCCAGGCAUGCCAGGUCCAGUGGGUCCUCCAGGUCCUAAAGGUGAUCGGGGGCCAAUUGGCUUUCCUGGAAAUCGAGGAUUCAUAGGACCAGCAGGGAAGACCGGGAGACAAGGAAAUCCUGGACAAAAAGGCCAGAAAGGGGAAAAGGGGAGUAGAAGCAUGGCAUCUCCACCUCGGACAGUACGACUGGUUGAUGGCAGUGGCCCUCAUGAAGGCAGAGUGGAGAUUUUCCACAAUGACCAGUGGGGCACAGUUUGUGAUGACCACUGGGAGCUGCGCAGUGGACUGGUCAUCUGCAGGAGUCUGGGCUACCGCGGUGUUCUAACUGUGCACAAGGAAGCCAGUUUUGGACAAGGUACUGGUCCAAUAUGGCUGAAUGAAAUAUUUUGCUUUGGGAGAGAAUCAUCUAUCGAGGACUGUAAAAUCCGACAGUGGGGUGUAAGAGCCUGUACGCAUGCUGAAGAUGCUGGAGUCACUUGUGCUUUAUAA